UCGCGCAUGUGGAUAUUUAUGUCUGUGGUCCGUUACAUUGUUUGAUGUCCGUGAUCCGGUCGGGACUUUAUUUGAUUCAUAUUUACAGGCUCUCAAUACUGUAGAUGUAACUAAAAAGUCAGUGAUUGAUCCGAGUCGCCUGACGCUUGAUCCGUGAGAAUCAGCAAAUCCGAGUAUGAAGGAUAAACUCUGAAGAAAAGACACUCAGGAGCCUGUUUAUAAUGGGCUUCUUUCUUCAUCUUCAGGAAAUGAUUCAUAUUUAAAACACUAUGCCUCCAGUGACCUCUCAGGAACUCCCUCUCAACAUCUAUGUGGUCAUCUUUGGGACUGGGAUCUUUGUCUUUGUUUUAAGCCUGAUAUUCUGCUGCUUCUUUAUAAGUAAACUGAGACAUCAAGCUCGCAACGUGAGAGCCGGAUACAAGAUGGUUGUCUUUAAAGAUGAAACAACACGGUUACAUGCACACGGGUUAACAUGUGCAGUCUGUUUGGAGGACUUCAGGACAAAAGAUGAGCUUGGAGUGUUACCAUGCCAACACGCCUUUCACAAGAGAUGUCUGGUGAAGUGGCUGGAAGUGAGAUGUUCUUGUCCCAUGUGUAACAGCCCCGUCAGUGAUGCUCAGGGACAGACGCACAGCACAAACCUGCUGGAUGAACUUCUCUAACCUCAUUAAAGAUACUUACAGUUUAGUUCUCUGAAUCAGGCAAUAUUUCUACCUAAUAAUCUUGUACAAUUCAAACAAAAGGCCUUUAUUUAAAAAGCACUGCUGUUGUAAGACAACACUUGUAGUGUUCUGGUAUAAAAUGUGUGCAGAAAGUUUA